GUACAACCCCUUCAGCGACAAUUCCAAGGAAUCAGAGAUCUACGAUCUACCAUUCGCUCUACGAAAACUGACAGUAAUGAAGUGUCAGAUGAAGAAGUGGCGCAUGGAGCGGCUGCAGCUCGAGAGCGAAAAUAGGUCUCUGAAACAAGCCCUACAAUCAUUCGGUAUCGAUCCCGACGGGGUAUUGGGUACUGAUCCCUCGCUCGUGCAUUACCGCGAGGAAAACGAAAGGCUGCAGAAUGCAAAUGAGGAACUGGCGGAAAAAGUUCGCAACCUCGAAGAGAGUCUCGCCGAACGAGAUUGCUGCGACGAUCCGUGCGAAAAAGUUAAAUACGUGAGGGAGAAAAUAGCAGCACUGAGAGAUCGUUUUGCUGCCGAAAAAAAACAAAUGCGAGACACGAUAUCGCAUCUGAAGUUGAAACUGAUGGAAGCCGAGGAAGAUACUUCCUGUGCGGCAUUAAACCGUUUGAGGGCAAAGCUUCGUGAGCUAAUGAAAGAUGGUCAGAAGGCUGAUCAACAGGUGUCCGUGGUUGUCGAGAGAUCAAUGCAGACAUCGGUGGAUCUAUCAAAGAGCUACGAAGAUCUGUUACGAACAGAGCGCCUGCAAGCUGAACCGACGCAAAUUCGUCGUACAUUAGAGGAAGUUGUUACAUUCUCAGAAGAGAUUGACGUUCCUUUAUCUGCGAAAGAAGAGGACAUACCGGCACUGUUAAGUCAGCUUCGUAAUUGCAAAAUGCUCCUGGCUGAAUUGAAAAUGCAUUUGGAUGAGAAGACGGCUUACACGGAAGCUCUACAAAGCGAGCUUAAUAAACUGAAAGCCUCCAUCGUCAUACCAAUGGUAGAUCUGGAUGAGAUGAUCGUCAGAUCAGCGAUGGACGAGGUGGCCGAGAUGAAGGAAGAACCCGAGAAACCUGAUAAGGAAAUCCGAAAAAUACAAGAAUUGAGUAGAGUGCAAGAGGAAGAUAACGAGAUGAAGAGCGAGAUCGAUAAGUUGAACGUUGACCUGCGUCGCGAGGAAGAAAAAUUUCAAGUGGCGCAAAAAGAGCUAGAGGGCAUGAGAGACGAUUUGCAUAGUCUCGGAGCUGAGAAUGAAUUCUUGAAGGAGACAUUGGAAAAUGCAAAAUUGGAGACUAACGAACUUAAAGAAGAAAAUGUUGCUUUGAAAAACAAUCUUGAUAACAUGAUUAAGGAACUGGAAUCUUCGAGAAGGGAAAAUAAUAAUAUUAAGACAGAUCUAGAUCAAUUAUUAUCCGAGAAUAAGUAUUUAAGAGAUGAAUUAGAAAAACAAGUGGCGGAGACGGAUCAAUUAAAAUCCGAAGGGAUUGCAUGGAAAGAAGGCUUCGAUAAACUGUUACAAGAAAUGGAUAGAUUAAAGGUUGAAAGCGAUAAACUAAAGGACGAAAGUGCUACUGUUAAAAGCGAAAGAGACAAUUUGACAACUGAAAGAGACAACUUGAAAUCCGAGAAUGGUCUUCUUAAAGAUGACUUGUCUAAAAUAAAUGUAGCGUUAGACGACGCAAAGAAACAAUUGAACAAAUUUGAAGUCGAGAAUGAAGUUCUUACGGAAGAAUUGAAGAAGGCUAAUGUAAAUAAUAACAAGCUACUCGCGGACUUCGAUACUUUGCAGAGCGAAAUGGCAAAGUUGAAGUCGGAGAACAGAAAAUUGUUACAAGAAGUGGAUGAUGGGAAAGAAGAACUAACAAAAUUAUUAUCCGAAAUAGAAACUUUGAAAAAGGAGGUAGAUAAUAUGAGUAAUAAAUUGACGAGUGCAAAUAACGAAGUUGUAGAUUUGCAGCAGAAAUCAGUCGAGUUAAAUAAUAAAUUGAAAGAGGCACAAGUUAUAAAUGAACAACUAAGGGCAGAUAUUCACCAAAUAGAAGCAGAGAACAAAGAUAUUAAUGCGCAAAUGAAUAAUUAUAGAGAUGAAAACAGUAGGCUAAACAUAAAACUAAAUGAAUCGAAGGAACAAAUAAAUUUAUUGACGGAUGAAGUAAAUAAAUUAAGAGAACAACUUGACAACGCCGAGAAUCGGAUUAAGUUUCUUGAGGCUCAGCUCGUUAGUUUACAGACUGAUAAAGACAAGAUGCAGAAUGAGAUCAACGCUUUGCAAAAUGAGAUCAGCAAACUGAAAUUAGAUCUAAGUGCAGAAUCUACUGCUAAACGAGACAUUCAAGAGGAAUUAGUGGCAUUAAAGAAUGAGAUGAAAAAUUUGAUCUUAAAGAUCGAUGAGAUGAGGGUGCAAAAUCAUGCCCUAAAAGAAGAGAGAGACCUCCUCAAGAAAGAGCUGUUGAAUCUAGGCGAGGAAUCGUUGAGCCUAAGGGCUGCGAAUGCUGAGAUGAUGAACCAGAUUAAUAAUUUAAAACUGGAUAUAUCUGAUCUUCAAUCGCAAUUAUCUAAAGCGGAAGAAGAUAUUGAAUAUUGGAAGUUGGAAAAUUGCAAGCUUAAGAUGAGCACAGAUAAGUUAUCCAUCGAGAAUGAAAAGAAAAAAGAAGCUUUAAACGUUUGUAAGGUUGAACAUCAAACAUUAGAGAAGGAGAUAACGAAUCUUAGAAAUGAGAAGAUUAAGCUCGAGGGAGAAAUAGCAGAGCUUAAAAAUCUGUUAGAAGGGCUAAAUCUGUCUUCAUUCGCCGAAAAGUCUGCUAAAGAAGAGGCUGUGAAGGAACUGACCAAAUUUAAGAAUGAAGUCGUUGCUUUGAGAGAGGAACUUCAAACACUAAAAUCAGAAUUAACUAAAUUAAGAACAGAGAACGAUAAAAUAAGAGAUAAAGAGGAAAAGUUAUCCAGUCAAGUAUCAACGUUAAAGACAGAACUUGAAAACGCAAAAAAUGAGAUAUUAGCUUUGAGAGUAGAUAAUGACACAUUAAAAUCAAAAAUAAAUACGUUAACAGACGAGAAUAAUAAACUAAAAAGCGAAUCAAAUAUGCUGAUAUCUGAAGUUGAUGGUUUGAAACUAGAAAACACGAAUAUGAGGGAAGAACGACAGAAAUUUGAGAAAGAAUUUGAUAAACUAAAAGGCGAGGACGAUGGGCAAAAGGAUGAGAUUAAAAAUCUGAAAUCUAACUUGACAGCCGAACAGAAAUUAUCAGAAAAAAUUAGAUUGGAAUUAUCUACUAGCCAAUCGGAAAACGAUAGAUUAAGAGCGGAGCUGGAAAAACUGCAAAAGAAUUUAGAUACCCUUGAAUUGGUGAAUGACAAGUUGAACAGUGAAGUAGAGGAUUUAAAGAAAACGUCGAUCGACGCGCAGAACAAGGUGAACGCAUUGCAGUAUCAUGUGGCUGAGUUGUUAGAAGAGAAGGAGGCACUUCUGAAGGAGUUAGAUAGUUUACGAGCGGAAGUGAGUAGAUUAGGUAAAGUUGUGUCGGAUAAAGUUGCAAAGGAAGCUAUUGAGAAAAAGACGAUCGAUUCUAACGGCAAAUUAAUAGAAGAGUUAAAGGCAGAACUAGAUAAAAUGCGUGUGGAAAAUGAGAAUUUAAAGCGCAAACUAAAUGACGUAAAUAAACAACAUAUUUCUUUGAAAGACGAGAAUGCUGCUCUGAAAAUCGAAAAUACUAAAAUAGCAACAGAACUUGACUCCUUCAAAUCGGAUUUGAAUAGGUGCAGGGUGGACAACGAACGACUAACAAUCGAAUUGGCCGCUUCAGAAGCUCGAGCAUUAGAAAUACAAAGAGAAAGGACGGAUGAUAAAGAGCGACAGGAUUUACAAAAUUUAAUGGUAGAAAACAAAGAAUUGAGAGAUAAGUUAAGAAUGGCGCAAAAUGAGAUCAAUAAAUUAAAAGAGAAUAUCAAGAAAUCGAAAGGCGAUUUUAUAGAAGAUGCUGACGAUAUCGACAGCUUUGAAAAUGAAUUGAAGAAAUCGAUGAUCGAGAUAGACAAGGCGAGAGAAGACUUAAAAUACGCGGCGGAAGAGAAUAAUAAAUUAAAAAUGAUCAACGACGGUCUGGAAUUAGAACUAAGUCAAUUGAAAGCGCUGCUGGACGAAAUAAAAGAUUAUCCUGAACAAAUCGAUGAAGAAGUUAACGGGACGAAGGAUCAAAGCCAAAGAUUGUUGGCCGCGUUGAAAAUCAAAAACAUGGAGUUGAAAUCCGGAUUGGAUCAUUGUCAAGCGGAGAAAGAGCAUUUAAACGAUGAAAUUAACAACUUGAGCGAAAAGAUCAAAUUUCUGCAAUCUCUGUCUCCCAUAGAGGCUGGCGUGAUUAAACCGGAUGAAUGCGGCGACUUCGUUAAGGCGAAUGAAUUACUGAAGAAGCAAAUUGAAAAGCAAUAUGACGCCGUGCAACGUGUGCGUGAUUAUAUACAAUUUAUGGAUGGAAAAAUUCCUGUGAGACCCGAGAUGGCAACAACAUUGGACGAUGAUUUUGAAAUUGAGCGCUGGAUUGUGCCAUCCAUCGUGGAAUUGCUAAAAGAAUCGCAAAAGCUAUCCGAGAACAUCUGUCUGGCGGAAAUCGAAGUUCAGAAUAUCGAUAAACUGCUUAAUGAAUGCAAGAAAGAAAAUGAAAAUUACAUAAAGCAAUUAUUGGAGCUUGGUGUGGAAGUUACCAAGGUUGCAGGUGUGGAUAAUGGCGAUAAGCUUGCAGCUUUUGACCCUGAAUCUUGGUUGAAGUCUUUGACACUAAUGCAAUUGGCCGAGUUGCACGAUAAAAUCUGUCUGUUGACUUCGAAUAUGGUGCAAGAUAGUCCAGCGGUUUGCGAUUGUUCAAUGAUUAAUCGAGACUACGGUAGUGAUCGGUUGCGAGCAGAUUACGAUGCUUCAAAUCGGCGGAUCGCCGCCUUGCAGAAGAAAAUAGUUGAAAAGCAGAUUAAGGCGGGAUGGAAACUGCAGGAAUUAAGACGAACUCUUCGUAUUGAGCAGGCAAACCUGAUUCAAAUCUCUGAGCGGAUAACUCUCGAAAAAAGGCGCAACGUAACUUUUCAACUUACCACGAACGAUUCAGUGUAAUUUUCUUUCCGGUAUCAGUAAACAUGUUAAAAGUGACAUUUACUUCACACAAGUUCUUGUUACUGGACGCGCAACACAAGACGAAUAUUCUUCAUAAUCUUUGUUUUGAUUAGAAUAUAAAAUAAAAAUAUAUAACGA